AUUCGCUCAAGAUAUUAAUCACCUGCUUUUGCUUUUCAUUUGCUUUCGCAUCUAAAGGUUCAAAGGCCUACCAAUCCUUUUUUUGGCCUUCCGUCUCCUUUCUGUACCUGAACCUUGCCUCACCCCACCCUCACUUACACGGCCCCCAUUACCGUGUAUAUACUCUCUACCUCCUCCACCUCUCUACUCUCAACCUUCUCACACACAUUCACAAUGGCUUCCACAUCAUCACUACGAUACCUCACCAUGGAGGAGCUCAACAAGAACGCCUUGGAACAAUUUGUCUACCAACCUGUGGGCCGCGAUAUGAUCGCAUACCUCGCCCAAGCUGCUCACAACGUCAUCGCCUGCGAUUCGACUUUGAUGCCUCCCGCUCCCGCCGAUGCUCGCCACAACAUCCCAACUCCUCCCCGGAGUCCCGAGCCCCGAACCGUCCGAUCCGAAGACGGAGCUCUUCCCACCCUUGAGGAGUUCAUCACUCAGCUUGUCGUCUCCUCCAACGUCCAGGUCCCUACUCUCAUGUCCACUCUUGUCUACCUUGGCCGCCUAAAGUCCAAGCUCCAGCCCAUGGCCCGCGGUCUGCGAUGCACCGCCCACCGCAUCUUCCUCGCUGCUCUCAUCCUCUCCGCCAAGUACCUUAACGACAGCUCACCCAAGAACAAGCACUGGGCCAACUACAGCCACAUCACCACCGAGUGCUACAACUUUGGCUUCAGCCGCACAGAGGUUAACCUCAUGGAGAAGCAGCUUCUCUUCCUCCUUGAGUGGGACCUCCGAAUUACUGAGCAGGACCUUUACCGGGAUCUCGACGACUUCCUUGAGCCUCUUCGCCACAAGAUUGCCGAGCGACAUGCUCGCAAGAUUCGACACCGCGAGGAGAAGCGACGACAGAAGGAGCUCUAUGCCGCUUCCGCCCGAUACCCCAGCCCUGCUUCCUCCCGUGGCCACUCCCGCUCUCGAGGAUCAACACCCGAGCACGCACGAAACCUCUCUGGACCUGUCACUCCUCCCGGUCUCAGCUACAGCAGUUCUUCUAGCUCUUACGCCUCAUCUGUCUCUUCUGGCCGCGCCUACUCCCAGGCUACUACUCCUCUAGAGCCUUCCGAGCCCGAGCCUUACUACUACGAGUCACAACAGGGCAGCCUCUACGACUCACCCGUGCAGAUCGUCCCCGAUGUUGACUACCCCAAGGCACAUAUGGCCAGUGGACGCAUGCUUCCUUACGAGAUCACUGCCGACGAGUACCAACAGUACCAGCACUACCAAGAUGCCUCGUCCAAGAAGCAGCAGCAGCGCUCAAGACGUGGCAUGUGGGGUCGUCUUCUCGGUGGAGGUGUCGCUGUGCGAUAAAUAUCUAAAUCGGGCAGUGCGUGCACGCACUUGAUAUCUGAUGCAUAGUCUUGGAGUUUACACGGACCAAUGUUUGGCAUCAAUUCACUUUGCACAUUUUUCGCUCGGUAAAAAGAAUUCGGCAAGGCGUCGGUCGGGGUUUUUUUUUUCUUUCUCUUUACAUCUGCUUUUCUUGGAGAACCAGAUUACACAAUGGGCACGGUUAGAUUGCCGCCCAUCAUUAUUCCCUUUGUUCUUCUAUCACUAUUGUCGGAUUUGCUUGGGCUUCAACGUCUUUCAUCAGAAAAGACCGGCGUUCUUCGGGUUUUGCAUGAAAGACAGGAGCCUCUCCGGGGUUAAGGGGGGCGUGUGCAUUACAAUUGCUGUUACGGGUAAGGUGGUUUAUGGGAUGGUUGGGUUGGAUCACGCACUAUCAAUGUUGUUUGACGGCCUCUACAAAGUAUCGGAAAGGAUAUAGGAUGAAACGGCAAAGGAGUACACUGCCUCGAUUGCAAAGGAUCACUCGGAGUUUGUUUAUUUAAUUGGGGAAUCAUUUUUGAGUACAAAGCUUCUUUUCAGGCGGUGCAUACAACAACAAUAAGAUCAGACCAGAUAAGAUACCUUUUUUAUUUAUUUUAUUCUUACACUACUACUACACUUAGUACUAUUCAAAUACAAGUCGGGCGAUAUGCCGCGAUCUACCUUA